GCCCCUCCCCCCACCAACCUCAAGGAACAUUACAACCCCGCUAUACCCGCAACUCUGCUCAUUCUUUCAAUUCUUAUCUCGAAAACUUUAUCCUUUUCACUAAAACCAAUCAUUCAAAAUGGCGCGUCAAUUCUUUGUCGGUGGUAACUUCAAGAUGAACGGAUCUUUGAAGACCACCAAAGAGAUCAUUGAGAACCUCAACAAGGCUCAGCUUGACUCCAGCGUCGAGGUCGUCGUUGCCCCUCCCUCCAUCUACCUCACCGCUGCCCGUGAGACUCUCCGCAAGGGUAUCGAGGUUGCUGCUCAGAACGUUUUCGACAAGCCCAACGGUGCCUACACUGGUGAGAUCAGCGUCGACCAGCUCAAGGAUGCCGGUAUCACCUGGACUUUGACCGGUCACUCUGAGCGCCGUGUCAUCCUUCAGGAGGACGAUGCUUUCAUCGCCGGCAAGACCAAGGCUGCUAUUGACGGCGGAGUUAGCGUCAUUCUCUGCAUUGGCGAGAGCCUCGACCAACGUGAGGCUGGCACUACCAUCGAAGUUGUCACCAAGCAGCUCCAGGCUGUUGCCGAGAAGGUCCAGGACUGGUCCAAGAUCGUCAUUGCCUACGAGCCUGUCUGGGCUAUCGGAACCGGCAAGGUCGCUACCACUGAGCAGGCUCAGGAGGUGCACGCUGCCAUCCGCAAGUGGCUCGCCUCGACCGUCUCCAAGGAUGCUGCUGAGAAGACCCGCAUCAUCUACGGUGGAUCUGUCAGCGAGAAGAACUCCAAGGAGCUCGCCAAGCAGGCCGACAUUGACGGCUUCCUGGUCGGUGGCGCCAGCUUGAAGCCAGCUUUCGUCGACAUCAUCAACUCCAACCAGUAAACGCGUAAUGGGUAUAUCCACACUUCGGAAUUAUUAGUUUAGCUUUUUAUUACAGUUGGGUCAGCUCCCUGCCGGGCGGGUCUGCGAUACCACAUAAAAGAUACACCUUUACGAAUUCUUGUAUAUGAGAAAUACUUAGAGUCACGAUUACGCCGACAAAGAAGCAAACUAGAGUUCAAAUGACUGUGAUUACAUUGU